AUGGAAGAAGCCAAUGGGUUGGCUGAUUUUCUGGCCUCACAUGCUGUCCAGUCUGAGGGCAGUGCUGAUUUCUCAGGCAGCGGUGCCUUGCCUGUGGCUAGGAAGCUGGUGCUGCAUCAGGAUCAAUGUUUGCUGCCCAAGUGGAGGAUGAAGAAGGUGCUGGUAUGCAGGAAAGGCAGUGAAGGGGCCCAUGUAGGCAAUUAA